CAGAAAACAAUGAAGUGAAACACAGAAUUCUUAUUGCAAUCAGAAACAGUAGUCAGAAACAAUGAGCGCCAAGUCUUCAGUGACCAAGAGGUUAGAUGGUAAGGUGGCACUGAUUACUGGUGGUGCCAGUGGCCUUGGAGAGAUCACAGGCAGGGUGUUUGUUAAACAUGGAGCCAAAGUUGUGAUUGCUGAUGUUCAAGAUGAAUAUGGUCACUCCCUUUGCCAGGAGCUUGGAACAGAAUCCAUUAGCUAUGUCCACUGCGAUGUAACAUCGGAAUCCGACGUCGAAAAAACCGUGGAAUCAGCAGUUUCUAAGCAUGGGAAGCUUGAUAUCAUGUUCAACAAUGCAGGGAUUAUGGGGGACCUUGAAGCAAGAGUGACGGAGACCAGCACUGAAAACUUCAAAAGAGUGCUUGACGUGAAUGUUUUGGGUGCAUUCCACGGUGCCAAGCAUGCAGCCAGGGUCAUGGUUCCGGCCAAGAAAGGCUGCAUUCUUUUCACAGCAAGUCUUGCUUCAAAAAUCUGCUAUGGAAACUCCCAUGCAUACAAAACAUCAAAGCAUGCCGUGGCGGGCUUGACUAAGAGCUUGGCCGUCGAGUUAGGUGAACACGGAAUCCGGGUUAAUUGCAUCUCGCCGCAUGCGAUUUUCACGCCUAUGUUCCAGAAAACACUCGGAUUGUUCGACAAGAAGAAGGGGGAGGAGAUGAUAGCUGUUUCAGCAGUUCUGAAAAAGACUCUUUUGGAACCGGAAGAUUUCGCAAAUGCAGCCCUGUACCUGGUAAGUGACGAGGCCAAAUAUGUGAGCGGUGUCAACCUGGCUAUUGAUGGAGGCUAUAGCCUCAGCAAUCAAUCAUGGAAGAUGGGACUCUCAAUACUUUCUGAAUAAUAUUAUGGAUAUGUGCUUUCAUCGAUGCAAAUUCCACAAUCAGCAAUGGAGGCCAUACGCCUAUGUUCUAGGAAUAUCCUAGGUAUGAGCGUUUAAUAUUAAAUAGUUAGAGUUAUCUUUGAAUA